CUUUUAAUGCUGCUUUAAUUUACCUUAGUUUUAAAGAGCCUUCUGUUUCUGCUUACUUUACAUUAUUUAAUGUGGGGUUUUUUAAUGUCUCAUAGAAUUCUUAUUGUUAAUUUCAAAAACUUAAUAAUAUCUCAUUAUAUAAUAUAACACAGCAUUUGUUCAGGUCUUCCCAAAUUAACAGACACUUUGUAUUCAGACAAAGAAUAUGUGAGUGUAUCCAUAUUCCCUUGAUUUCCUGCCUUUGAUGACUUUGGGGUUUCUCUUCUAUUCUAGUUGCAUUGAUUUUGUUCAUGUUAAAUCUUUCUUAGUAGUGCAAAAUUUCUAUUUUUUUCUUUUAUUAUGAUCACUAACCCCCUAGUUUUUUACCAUCAAUAUGCCUCACAAAUAGAGGUCUAAGAUGUCUCAUUCCUGUUGAUUUUCUAAUUUUGAAUGCUGUAUGGAUAUUGGUUCAUAUUAAGGUUGUAUAUGCAACUUGAAUUCAUGAUGGUAAAUUAUAUACUCUUUCAUAUUCAAACUUUCAUCUGUAUCACCUGACUUCCAGUUUUUCUCAGGCCUUCCAGAAUACAGAAUCCUUCCUCUCUCAUUUUUGUUUUUGGGUUUUUGAACUCCUGGAUUGCUGAGUUAAUUAUCUUCUGGGACUUACUUAUGGUAGAAUAUUUUAUGAACUUUUAAUUAUUGCCAAGUAAUCUUGAAUAAUUUUAUUAUUUUUGAAGGUUCAGUUUGAGGACCUGUUAAUUUUAGACCUCUUUUAUUAUUCUUGUUUUUAACAUUUCCAUUAAGAUUCCUUUUCACAACAAUCUCUGACCAACAAUCUUUUAUUUUAUGUCUUUCUGUAUCCUGUCUCUAAGGCUUUCCCCAAAAUGCUGGUCUACCAAUUUGUAAGCCCCUGGAGGUGAAGGAAUGUUUUAUCUUUAUAUCCCUAGGACAACACACGGGCUUGCAAUUUUAAGAUGCUUAAGAAGUUAUGAUUGAAUUAGUUGCUCAUGUUGUUAUGCUGAUGCAUAAGCAGGCUCUAGCUUUUUAUUCUGUGCUAUUUAGCUAGAUGUUUUGGCAAACUCUUUAAAAUGUUUUACUAUAAUUUUGAAAUGACCAUCUGUCCUCUAAUAAUGAUAAUGUCUUUGGAAGAAAGAUCAAAGUAUAUAUUUAAUCUUUCAAAGUGUGUAUAUGGGUAUAUUGGUAUAUAUUUCAUUUUGCAAAAAGUAUAAAAGUAUUUACUACUGCCUCCUUAAAACCUCUUUCCUAUCCAAUUAUGAAAUCUUUAAACAUUAGCACAUUAGGAGAGUGGAUUUUGUUUGUUUACUUUAAGCAUGUUCUUGAGAUUUCUUAGCUUUAGGCCUAUAUUGUAAUUACACUUUCUAAACAUUUUCUCCAUUUAAAGGAAAAAAAUUGGAGAUAUCACUAUUGUGAGAGGACAAGCAAGUAUUUGUACAACUUCAAGAGAACCAUGGUACUGGAUGGCCAGUAACCUGAAAUUUGUUAUUGGGGCACUGAAAAUAUUAAUAGAAGAAGAUCAGGGAUGUAGAAAAGACUUCCAAGCUAUCUUUGAGCAGGCUAACUUUUUUCAAGACAAAUAUAGAGACAUGAACACAUACAAUGUGAAUAUGGAACAGAAACCUGAUGAAUCAGAUAAAGAAGGCACAUUUUUACCAUUGGCCCCAGAAGAAGAAUUAUUACUAGGACAAUUUAAAAUAAAGCCUAAAGAGAUAAAAAAUGAAGAUUUAUCACCAGGGCAAUUAUUAGCCCAAGGGGAUUUCAAUUCAGGUGUGAAAAAUGAGGCACAGAGAAGAUAUUCAGAUAGUUACCUUCCCAGCGGUGACUUCAUGGCUUCUGGCUCUAAAAGCAAUACCAAAGAGACCACAAUAAAAAAAGAAAAAGAAGAAGAUGAAAUAGUAGUGGAGGAAGAGAUUAUUAGCACUGGAAAACCUACAGAGGGAAAGGCUAAAAAGGGAUUUUCCUGGUUCCGCAAUAUCAAAGAACGCAAGCUGUGGAACUUCUUUCAUUUUAAAAAACAUGACAAACAAGUAAAGAAUGUGCACAAGUGGGAAGAAAUUGAUCAAGAGGUAUUGGAAGAUUACUGUCCUUAUUCUACUGAAGCCCCUAAAACAUUGCCAACAGAGUGGACAAAUAUUGAAGUUGGUAAUUGGUUAUGGAGCAUUGGAAUGGAGGAGUAUGUUGUAAAAUUUUAUUGUAAAGGAAUAACUGGUGAAAAACUCCUUACACUGGACAAUCACUCGCUAAAAGAAAUCGAAGUCAACAAGAAGAAAGACCGCCGGAAAAUACUUAAGGCUAUUAAGAAAGUUAGAAAUUUUUGGGAAAAAAAUCAUCAUUUCGUCUUAUUAUAGAAAUUGAUGGAAAGAAGACACAGAACCAGAAAGAUGGCAAAAAUGGAAAAUGCAAUUACUUUUGUUAAAUUGAAUUUUCAUCAUUUUACUUCUGUUACUUUUGUUAUAUGAACUUUUAAGGGAUUUUACUUCCAUGUUACUUUUGUUAUAUGAACUUUUAAGGGAUUUUACUUCCAUGUUACUUUUGUUAUAUGAACUUUUAAGGGAUUUUAGUUCCAUGUUACUUUUGUUAUAUGAACUUUUAAUCAUUUUAUUACUGUUACUUUUGUUAUUAUUAACUUUUAAUUAUUUCACUUUCAUGUUACAUUUGUUAUAUGAACUUUUAAGGGAUUUUACUUCCAUGUUAUUUUUGUUAUUAUUAACUUUUAAUCAUUUCACUUCUAUGCUACUUUUUUAUAUGAACUUUUAAGGAAUUUACUUCUAUGUUACUUUUGUUAUAUGAACUUUUAAGGAAUUUACUUCCAUGUUACUUUUGUUAUAUGGACUUUUAAUCAUUUUAUUACUGUUACUUUUGUUAUUAUUAACUUUUAAUCAUUUCACUUUCAUGUUACAUUUGUUAUAUGAACCUUUAAGGGAUUUUACUUCCAUGUUACUUUUGUUAUAUGAACUUUUAAUCAUUUUAUUACUGUUACUUUUGUUAUCAUUAACUUUUAAUCAUUUCACUUCCAUGUUACUUGUUAUAUGAACUUUUAAUCAUUUUAUUACUGUUACUUUUUUU